AUGGUUAAAUUUUCAUCCCUAGAAAACAGAAUUCUUUCAGCAAAAGCUUCCGAUGUGAAUCUCUACUCUCGAUCUGCUCUUCACGGAAAUUACUGCACAAUUGCGAUUAUUCUGCGCGCUGGGGCACGGAAUACAGUCGAUAUUCCAAACGGCGUCGCCCACUUGGACGAGAAAAUGGCCUUUGGAGCGACCCUAGAUUCUUUUGCUUCGAGAACGCAAGUCAGAGAGUUUUUGGAAAUGAACGGUGGAAUUUGCGACUGCCAGACAGACCAGGAAGCGACGAUCUUUGCGCUGAGCAUCAAACGAGGAGCGCUAAAAGAAGGCGUCCAGCUUUUGAUGGAGACGGUUUUUCGCCCGGUUGUGAAUUUGGAAACGCUUUCCGAAGCCUUGCAAAAUGUCGAUAACGAUUUGAAGUAUCUAAAAUAUGAGCUCAUUCGCGACAAGGAAAUCUUAGAUCUGGCCUGUCAAGCUGGUUAUAGAGGUAAUACAAUCGGACUAAAACGAAUGAUGCCAGAAGAAUCGAUCGCCGAAUGCACCAAUGCCGAGACUAUUCAAAUCUGGGGAGAGCACCUGCUUCAGCACCGAAAAGGAAGCUAUCUUCAGACGCCUCCUUCCUUCGUUGGAAUUGGAGUCACUCCCGACGAGCUGGAAAAUGCUGUUUCGAAGAAUAUUCAUUUGAUGGAAAAUCCGACUUGGGGAGAAACAACGAAAGAAGAAAGGAAGGAGUAUUUGUCGCAGUGGACUGGAGGCUUUGUUCACCAAAACGAAGAGGCCGUCAAUUCGUUUUCGAUUGGAGAAGAAAUCAGCGAGUCUUAUUUUUGUAUGUCCUGGGAAGCGCCAAGUUACAACAGCAAAGACCGAGCAACUGCUCAUGUUCUCCGAGCUCUUCUUGGAGGAGGCAGAAGCUUCGAAUCCGGCGGCGCUGGAAAAGGAUUGACUACGAUUCUUUACAGAGUUUUGGGCUCGCUCGUUGGACAGAAUUUCUCAGCUUUCAAGGCGUUUUAUCGAGAGUUCGAAGACUCUGGAAUAUUUGGAAUUUAUGGAAUGUGCCAGAAGGAAAAUAUUAAGCAAGGAUAUCAGACGUGUAUUAAUGUGAUGAAACAGUUGGAAAAUGGAAAUUUCACAGAAGCGCAGCUGCAGACGGCGAUCAACCAGUGGACAAUGAGCAAUAUGCGCCACUUGGAAGUAAAAGCUCAAAUGAUGGAAGAUUUCGCCCGCGAAGCUCUCGUUUACGGACAUCCUCAGAGGCCAGAGGAGUUCUAUCAAGAAGUGGCGAAAGUGACGAAGAAGGAUGUUUCAAAUUUAGCCGCUAAAAUGAUCAACACUAGUAUACCUGCAAUUUCUAUUCUCGGAGAAAGUACGGGGGGAUGA